GGAGGGAGGAAGUCACCACCGCGGCGGCGGCGGCGGCAGCGGCAGCCGAGGGGGCGGUGCGCUAGCUCAGUCAGUGUGAGGAGCGGGCAACGGCCACGGCGGCGGCUGAGGCGCCCCACGAAACCAUCCCCAUCCCCAUCUCCACGCGCGGGAGCCGGUGGGGCGGGCGAGAAACAAAGGGAAGCCCCGGGGCAGGAGUAGGGGCGGACCUCGGAGCGCCCGCGGCGGCCGGGGGCGCAGCGGGAGCCCGACUCCGGGCUCCGACCUCCGGCAGGCAACCCAUCGGCGAGCAGGCGCCAGACUCGUUCUCUCCGCUGCUCUGCCGCCGCCCCCGCCGGGCCCGCCCUGGGGCGAGAAGAUGCCGCGGGUCGUCCCGGACCAGAAGAGCAAGUUCGAGAACGAGGAGUUCUUCAGGAAGUUGAGCCGCGAGUGCGAGAUUAAAUAUACCGGCUUCAGGGACCGGCCCCACGAGGAGAGGCAGGCGAGGUUCCAGAAUGCCUGCAGAGAUGGGCGCUCGGAAAUAGCUUUUGUGGCCACAGGAACCAAUCUGUCUCUCCAGUUUUUUCCGGCCAGCUGGCAGGGAGAACAGCGACAAACACCUAGCCGGGAAUAUGUCGACUUAGAAAGAGAAGCAGGCAAGGUAUACUUAAAGGCUCCAAUGAUUCUAAAUGGAGUUUGUGUCAUCUGGAAAGGCUGGAUUGAUCUACAGAGACUGGAUGGUAUGGGUUGCUUGGAAUUUGAUGAAGAACGAGCCCAGGAGGAUGCCUUGGCCCAGCAGGCCUUUGAAGAGGCUCGGAGAAGGACACGUGAAUUUGAAGACAGAGACAGGUCUCAUAGGGAGGAAAUGGAGGUGAGAGUUUCACAGCUGCUGGCAGUAACUGAGAGUCAGAGCCCUAGAAUGCUGGAGCUGGAAGGGACACACCAUAGAGAACACCUAGUCCAAAUCCCUCAUUUUACAGAAGAAGAAACUAUGGUCCAGAGAGGCAAGAAGACAACAAGACCCUAGUCCUGGUUCCAAUUUAGGUAGUGGGGAUGAUCUCAAACUACGUUAAUUAGCAGCAAGAACAGAUGUACCCAUCAAUCUUGACAUAUAUAUUGCUUCAACUUAGCAGAGAUAAUUGAGUAAAAGACCAGAAACUGUGAGAACUGGAUAGACUAUGGUCUGUUUCCUGACCUUAAGCAGUCACAGGCAUCAUGAACUGCCAUGGUUUGCACUAUGUUCAUGUUAUAUUAUAAUAAUCCCUGCAUUUCUCCUUUUAGGCAUGUAGCUAAUGAUAGAAUGUUUCUUUUACUAUGCAAACUUAGUUUUGGUCAUUACUUUAGUAAAAUUAAAAUUUGUCCAGUUGUAAAACUAUUUUCUCUCAAUUCUAAUUAAGGAAUUGAUGGCAUUAUAAAAUAGGUCAAGAAAUUACAGAUGAGUUUUUUCUAUACAUUUUUUAAAUUUUUUUAUGGACUUUUAGAAAUUUUGGUUAUUGCUUCAUUUUAGAUAUGCAUUCUUAAAUCUUUUGCCAUUUUCUUUUCUUAGUAUAAAAUAUCAGUAAAAUGAUAUCUUCGCAUUAUUUUUACAUUAUUUACAAGCUAAACCUAGUAGCCCAGAGCUGUCUGCCACAACUUUCUAACAUCAGUUUCCAACUGUUAAAGUUACAGUAUCCUCUUAAAUGUUAACAAUUGGUUUCCCUUUUUCUUUUCUUAAAUGUGUUUAAAAUUUUAUACUGCUCUCAUUCUGUCCCAGAUCUGUUUGUAGAUUUUCUUGUGUAUUGAAUGAGUUUAAGUUGUGGUUUGCUUCUUUAAAAUAUUCUACUAAAGUUCAUAAGAAGUCACAGGUUGGCUUCUGUUUUAUUCAGGGAUUUUUUAAAGUUAUUCCAAAAAAAAGGGAUACUGUAGCUUCUUCACAGAUAUGGCAGGUGGUCAGACUGGAGACAGUGAGGAAGCAGCUACAACAGUGAUCAUUGUAUUAAAAAAAGCAUGUUUCACAUAUCUGCUUUUAUCUGUAUUUUCUAUUACGUGCCUUUUUUGUUGUUUCUGACAAAAAAAAAUGACAGAUGUUGAAAGGACAGACAUACAGGAAACGAUAAUCCUGAGAAGAUCAUCAGUUUGCUGUCUUCUAUGAGCUAUUGGGGGGGGGUGGGAAGGGGAGGUAAUUUAGAUGGCAUUUUCCAAGAUUCAUAGUAGAAAUUGUUUGAGAUGAAUUCGUGUAAGAAUAUUUUUUUAAAAUAGGCUUCUUACCAAAAUGAUACCAUCAUCCUUUGUUUAAAACAAAACUGGAAAAAGUAUUGUCACUUGAUGCCAAUUUUUUCCUGAUGUUUUUCACAGCCAUAUUAAUUAUCGUCACAUUUAUGAAUUUACAAAAUGUAUUUAGUUAUAAUAAAGUAACUACUUAUGUUAAGGGUUUAAAAAGAAAAAAAAAGCCCUGACAGUUUCCUGUCCAGUUCAAUAAGUGAACUAACAUCUCUCUGAGGUAAUUAUAUUGAAAUUGUGUAUAAUGUACUUGAUUGUGGAGAAAGGAGUUAUGGUCCGUAUGGAUAUAGAUAGAACAAAUAAUAUCCUGUAUCUCGAAAUAAAAUUGUUUGAUAUAUAUUUGAAGUCAUGCAUGAUAAGCAGUGUGGUCAAAAGGUCAUAAUAUUAAUUUAUGAACAAAGAUCAUGUUGAUCUUUUCUAUAAUUAAGUAUUUUGAAUGCAUUAUUCUCACCUUGGUUAGUAUUUGGCAUUUUCUGACUUCCAUGUUCACACACACACACAGCUCUUAUAUCCCUUAAGAAAAUCACCUUUUGAGAAGUUCUUACAAAAUAUAGUAAGGCCUUCUCUAUAUAAAAUCCCUGUUGAUUCUUACUUCUGUACUUAUAUUUUAAUUGGGAUGAUCUGAUGAUUUUUCUUUAACAUUUGGAGCAAGGGGGUUUUGUCAUAUCAUUAAAUAAAAGUAGAUUCAGUCACAUGUUGACAUAUCUCUAUCUUUCUGUAAAUACUGAAUUUCUCCUCACAUCAUUUAGCACUGUAUUGCUUACUGUAUAUCUUAAUGCUGGCAUUAAGAUCAUGAGCCCUUAUCUUCUAAUAGUGCAGACUUUUUAAAGUGUACCCCCUUUUAAGUUAUUGAUGCAAUUUUAUAUUUUUCAUAUUCUCUAUUUAAAUAAAAGUUGCAUCAUCUUUCUUGAACUCAUUUCUAUUAAAGACUUGCCUUAAGCUUCUAGAUUGCUUUUGCCACCAUUAGUCAUAUGUACUGUCCUAUGUUUCGUUUGCUUUCAUAAUAAACUGUGUAGUGAAAAAAAA